UGCUCACAUCUCCCUAAAACUUUGAUCCCCACUCCCUCCUUUCCUCCUCUGCUUUUCCUUAGCCACUAAGUCUUCUCUCUCUUCUUCCUCCUCCCCCUUCUUCUUCUGAAAUACAGACAGAACCCAAAGCUGAAGCUCCUCCUCCUAUGUGUUCUCCAAUGGCAGAUACAGAUUCUGAGAACAUCAAAUACCAAAAGCUUAUUUCAGAGCAAAACCAAGCGAACCCAAGUAAGUUUUACUCGCAAUUCAUGUACAAAGCUCUCGUAGUUACAUUUUUCUUAGUUAUUCUUCCGCUAUUUCCUUCACAAGCCCCUGAAUUCAUCAAUCAAAGUUUACUCACCAGAAGCUGGGAGCUUCUACACCUCGUUUUUGUCGGAAUCGCCGUCUCAUACGGGCUAUUUAGCCGGCGAAACGACGAAACAGAGAAGGAAAAUAACAGCUCUAAAUUCGAUAAUGCGCAUUCGUACGUGUCUAGAUUCCUUGAGGUGUCGUCUGUUUUUGAUGAUGAGGCCGAAAUCCCAUCUGGGUCUGAUGAGAACAAGGUCCAGACGUGGAGUAGUCAGUACUAUAGGAAUGAGCCCGUGGUUGUUGUAGCUCAAGAACACUCUGUUCUCGAUGAACACAGAAGCUCAGGCGAGAAGCCGCUGCUUUUGCCUGUUCGGAGCUUGAAACCGCGUGUUCCUGAGCCAGGUGUGGUUGAAUCCGCUAAUGAAUCUGAAUCCAAUGGCUCCUCUGUCUCUAAUAGUCGGUCUAAUUCAAAACAGGGUUACAGAAGGUUUUCAAGCAAUUCGAAUAAAAGCAGGAACGUGGAAUUAGGAGGUUUGGAUCAUGUGGGAUUGGAGGAGAAAUUGAUUAACAACGUUGUGCUUCCUUCGCCAAUUCCAUGGCGAUCGAGGUCUGGAAGAAUGGAAAUGAAAGAAGAAGCUGACAGAGACAUUCCUCCCCUGUAUACUCUGCCUCCUUCAAUGGUGGAAUCUGAAUUUAAUCGGCUCGAAUCUCGGUCUUCAAGGUUGCAGAUGUCUCACUCAUCGCGAUCUAAUUCCAACACUUCUUCUCCAAAGCUGUCUCAAUCUUCCCCGAGGAAGUCAUCUCCUUCUCCUUCUCCUUCUCUUUCUCCUUCGCCAUCCCUGUCAGCAGAAUCACAAGCCAAGAAUGCAGAGGAUUUCGUGAGGAAGAAGAGCUUUUACAAGUCCUCUCCUCCUCCUGCACCUCCGCCGCCGCCACCAAUGAUCCGUACGUCAUCUUCAAUGAAGCGGAAUUCUAGCAACGGGGUUUCGAUUGAGAAGGAGCUGAGGCGAAGCUUCACAGGUGAAAGCCUGGCGAGCAGAGAGAACGGUUCAGCAACGGGAAAAUCAAAGCCAACCUUCGUGAGAUUCUCCGAGGAAGAAAAAGAAGAUUUUGUCGACACGGUGACAAUGGUGUCCGAUGAAGACACGGAAACCGAAGACGACGACGUUGUGGGAGGAGAUUUUGUUCGAACCGAUUCCGGAACAAGUUGUUCAAGCGGCGGCGGCGGCGGCGGAGCAAGUGUUCCAACUCCAACUCCAACUCCAAGCAGCGCCGGCGAUGGAGGACCUGACGUGGACAGGAAGGCAGAUGAGUUCAUAGCGAAAUUCAGAGAGCAAAUCCGGCUUCAGAGGAUUGAUUCCAUCAAGAGAUCCGCCGGACAGAUGAAGAGAAACUCUUCAAGGUAAAACAUGAAGAUCCUCUGGUGUUAUUAAAAAAAAAAACUUUCCUUUUUCUCUCUUGGUUUUAUGUUUCUAAUUUUCUGUCUUUUCCUAAUAUGGACAUGGUGAUGAUAGUAUACAGAGAUUUGCGUGGUUUACAUUUCUGUAAAACCACCAAUUUCAACGGAGAUGCUUUUUAUGUUCUUCAAACUUUACACCCUUUCUUCAUCACUGUUUCUCAUUUCAUGCACGACAUGAAUUAUCAUGAUUCUGGUUUUCAGUUCUGCUUUGUUGUAAUUCAAAUGAUGUCGUUUUAGCUACGUCAUACCCUAUUUUUGGGUAUGUAUUAGAUUCUUCAUCUUGCCCAAUACCAUGAAAAUUGAAAUGCA